UUUACAUAUACAUUGAUGAGAUACGCUCAUAUGUCUAUCUCAGUGUAUGGAACACACUGCAGAUCAAUCUGGCAAUGGAACACUUCUCAAAAAACACACAGGGACAUUGUGGCGUUUGUGGGGGUAACUCAUGUAUACGUAAGAAUGGUACAAUUGAGAAUAAAAACUGCUGUGACAAGACUGCAUAUGACUGGAUAGAGGAUGACAUAAAUAAACCACACUGCUGGCAAGUACCCAAGAACGUCCCCUGUUCCAAAACAACUCCAACACCAAAACCAUGCUCAGCUCCUCACUGCGAGGUCCUCAGACAUAAUGUGUUCAGCCAAUGCGGUGACAUUGAUGAAAAGCUGGUGGAGAAUUGCAAGUUUGAUUACUGUACAAGCAACAAAACAGACUAUGUGUGCUCUGCACUAGAACGUCUAGCUGAUAAGUGCAAGAAGAAGGGUUCAUGUGUGGAGUGGAGAAACCUCACCAAUGGACUUUGUGACAUACCCUGUCCUGAAGGAAUGAUUUAUGACUCAUGCCGGCGUAACCCAGAUGAUUUCUGUAGCGGGACUAAGCGGAUUCCGCAGCCACCUUGGGAUACAAUGCAGUCUGGUUGUUUCUGCCCUCACAACCAGCUACUUGCUGAGCCACACAAACAGAUUUGUGUAUCUCACUGCACCAACUGUAAAGGGCCAGAAGGACAUCCCAUGCCGGCUGGGUCAAGAUGGGAGUCAAAUUGCAAAAUCUGCACAUGCAAUAACCAGACACUGACAGAAGAAUGCAGGCCAAAACCUGCACCUCCAACACCAACGUGCAGUCCUGGCUCUACUCUCAGUUCUGAUUGCUGCAAGCACCCAAUAUGCGUUGAGACGAUUUGUGAAUACAAUGGAACUAAAUAUAAGGCUGGUGAUACCUGGACUGACCCCAAGAGUCCUUGUGAAACAUUUCACUGUACAGCAAAAGGCACUGAAAUAGAAAAGACUGUGUGUCCACAACAGUUUUGUCCUGAGGAACUUCGUGUUUGGGAUCAGGAUCAUUGCUGUUAUUCAUGCAACACAACAUGUGGAGUCAGGUCGUCCAACGUGACUUUUGAGAACUGCAUUCCGGAAGUGACAUUGCCCACCUGUGAAGGCACCUGUGGAUCAGGCUCCCAGUGGGUGAGAUCUGAGACAUCUCAGUUAGGGCAGUUGGAACAGAAAUCAGUCUGUUGCCGAAUGAAAGCCUUUGAAACGAAACAGAUUUAUCUGGCCUGCAAUGGAGGCAUGCAGACACCGUACAGCUACAAACACAUCACCAGCUGUGCAUGCCAGCCUGAAGAAUAAAACUUUUUUAUUUAGAUUUAAAAUGUUGCUGUA